AUGGCUUCAAAUAUUCCUGGGACAUUCCAACUGAAAAUUCCAAAUGACUCUCACACAAAGGCUUUAAGUCUUGAUGAACUGUUCGAAAGUAAAGAUUUACGGUCACAGUUAACUGCCUGCUUGAAAAUUGUCUCCGUGUUAUACAAUCGUCUUUCCACUGAUCAUGUACAAUUAGCCUCGUUAAUGAAUCAAUUGAAUCAAUGCGGUGAUUCAGUUUCUGUGACUUUAUCAACAGCAGCAAGUCAAUUGGUACCUGGUCCUGAGGUUCUAGAUGUAUGUUCAAAUCUGACAUCAGCUUGUAACCAGUUGAAACAUGUUCAUUCUCUUGCUUUGCAAUGUGAACAACAAACAUCAGAUACUGUACAGAUUAUUUAUGCAUUUCAGCAAAGAUUAGAAGAAAGCCUUAAAACACUUGAUGUUAAAAUGCGUGACACUGUUUCAAGUGCUAAGCAUACUUCUGUUCAGACAGAUUCUUUGACAAAGAAUGAAGCACUGAAGCAAUCAGCGCCAGACAGUUUAGAAAAUACUGGAUGUAAGAACUCUACAGGAAAAGUAGUUAACUAUGAAACUUUGCUAAAAUAUGGUCUAGUUAGCCCAAGAAACUUACUCAAUAGAACCUUGAGACACUCUGCUUGCACAGAAUCUGACGAACCAGUUAAAUCAGAAUUACAAGAAGCCUUAUUGAACGCUUUAAGUCAGUUAGAUCGCUUGAAAAGGUAUCGUUCAACACAGAAAACACGUAUGGAUCAACUACAAGAACGAUUGGAUCAUGUCGGCAGUGAACUCGAUGCCAGCGUGGAUACUAUUCGUUAUCAUCAGACAAAUUUUGAAGCACAAAAGCGUAGAUCUGCAAUGGAAACUGCUAAUUUGCGUAACCAGCUAGCUAAAACAACUGCAUUGUUAGAGCAGUACAAGUUAUUGGUUAGUAAGGCUAACCUGAUCACAUCAACUUCAUUAAGUCAAAAUAUGCGAGCUCUUAUGAACAAUUCAGCUAAUAAAGAAAUAAAGAACCUACAAACCCAUGAUGAACUACAAAAUAUGGAUAAUCUUAGUAUUGAUGAUUUAAAACUGAAAUUGUCAAUUUCUCAAAAUGAAUUAAAUCAGUUACGGUUAGAUAUAGUGCAUCAAAGAGAAGAUGCCGAUCGUGAAGCCUCGAGACUUCGAGGUCAAUUGGCUGAGGUCACCUCAGAUGCACGAGCUCUUCGAAUCCAGUUAAAUCGACUUUUAUCUCAAAAUGUUUCAUCUAAUAAGACUACUGGUUUAGAAAAUACAAACUCUGCAGAAACUGUCAGCUGUUCGAAUUGUCAAAAACUUCAACGUCUGAAUGAUCUACUACAAAGAAAACAGUCGAAAAUGAAUCCUAUUCCUGAUUUGAUCACAGAUCAAGGCAAUAUGAUAAAGUGUAACAAUGGCGUCUCUGAGAAUUGUAUCAACACGCAAAACAAGAGUUAUGUCCGAAAAACUUUGGAUAAUUCUACGCAGACAGAUGUAUUAAGUUGUGUUUAUCCUGAGGAGAAUGUUUUGAAAGUGGACACAGCUAUUGAUCCUGUAGAUACGCUUACAGAUAGUUUUUUGACAAACAUACCAGUUUUAAAAUGCAAAUCCACUCAAACUGAAUCGUUUCUUAUGAUGAAUGGUGACAUAUUACCGUCUGAAUCCAAUCUAGCCGGUGAAAUAUCUUUAAUGGGUGAAAUUAUGAGAUAUGGUAGUGGCGUAAGUGAAUCGACUGUUUUCAAAGGCAUGCCGAAUGAUCAUCAUACGUCUACGUCUAAAUACAAUUCAUUGGAGUCCAUAGCAUCAUCUUCUAUAAAGAAAUCUGAAGCUCGUACUGUCAACAAUUGUCAAGCUUUAUCAGUGCAGUCGUCAGCUAAUAACUUAAAACAUUCUGAUUUAAGUAGUUCGAAUGAACCGGCCAGUGAAGAAGAAGAAGACUGUUCAUAUUCUGUUUUGCUGCGUCGACUGAAAGCAGCUGAAGAGGAAGCAGCGAUGGCGAUGGAUCAAUUGAAGUCAAGCAAUGCAGAGUUUCUUACUUUAAGAGAACGAUUAUCGCAUGCAAUUGUAGAGCGUGCACAUUUAAAAGAAACUAUUGACGGGUUAGAUGAACAGGUUACUUUACUUGAAGAAUCGUUGUAUGAACGUACACAAGAAUUGCACAAGUGUCAAACACUUCUUCAGAAGCAUUAUCCUACCUAUCAAAAGCCUAUAUUUUCAGAUUCUGGUAGCUGUGCACCUGAGCCAAAAUCAUCAGUACCACAGACAAUUUCAAAACAGUUUCAGGGAUCAAAGUUAACAAAUCAGUAUACAGUUGAUUCAGCUAUUAUUGAUUUGAAAGGGCUUCUUCAAUCCUACGAGCCGCCACAAUCAUUUAUUCGUUCGUCUUUCACAAGGUCAAACUAUGUUAAUCGACUCGUCAAAAUGAAUGAUCGUAUAUCAGUUUGGUUGACAUAUUUGGCACUACUUAGUAAACAAGUGACUUCCAGACUAUCUACUGGCAUACAGUACACUUCAUUUCGUUUACAAAGUCAACCUCGGCCUAAGCCAGUAUUGAUAUGCCUAAUCUACUUUCUUUUUAUACACUUACUCUUAUUACGUUGCUGGCUGUUCUAAGCCCAGUGUGUUGUUUCCCUUCCGUCGUCUAUUUACCCCCGGUAGUCAGCAUUAUCAUCCAUUGUUGCGUGUGUGUGUGUGUAUGUGUGUACAUCAAGCAUUGUGUAGUAAGUGACGUGUUACAAUAUUAUAUGUGAUAUUUCUGUGAUAUUUCGAUAAUAUUUGUUUUAUUAAUUAAUUAAUUUACUAUUUUUUUUUCGAAUAAUCAUUUCGCUUUCUAAGGCGCACCUGACAACAACCGUUGUAAUUAUAAGUUCUUUCUUCUUUCAAAAUAAUAUUUUUUUGAAGAGCCUUGUUUAUACCUUUCUCAGUGUUAUUUAUUUGUGUUCUCUAUUAUCUUUCCUGUGAUUUUCAUUGAUCGAAAUUUUUGUCAAUAAAUUAAUAUGUGUACAACACCAUUGCGUGUCUGUUUUCUUUUUAAAUUGUCAUUGUGUGUGUGUGUGUGUUCAUGUUCUAUUUCAUUGUGUG